CGAGGUGUACGAGUUGCCAUUGGAAAAGAAAUCAUAAAUAUUAUUUCUAAUUAGGUCGCAAGGCUCAUGACUCAUAGUUACUUAGUGUUUGUGCAAUAUUGAAGCUUCUACUUAGAUUUUAGGAAGUCAGUGAUCAGUAACUUGAUUCCACCUUGGUACCUUCACUCUGCAUUUAUUUUUGUUUUUCUUUGUGUACCUAUACAAUUUCAUUCCGUAGUUUAGUGCGUCGUUUCUCGUUUGAAGAAUAGAAAAAAAAGCUCAAUCAUGUCGCUUUAUCCAUCUUUAGAAGACAUGAAAGUAGAUAAUAUGGCGAGGGCUCAGAUGUCUGGAUCCCAAUUGUCUAACCAGCCACCACCUCAACAAAUACACCCUCAAAUCGCACCUAGUGCACCCAUACACAUGUAUCCGGCACUCGGAGAUUACAUGGGAUUGGAACUUUCAUCUAAUGUCAUCGCUGCAAACAUGCCCGAGUAUCAAUUGCAACAUGUGCAGCCCCAACCUUUGACUCCAGCCACAACCUGUAACAUGGUGGCACCAAUAUCCUCGCAGUCACUUACAUUGCCAAAGGCAGCAGUAACUAAUGCUAUCAGGCAGGUUACUCUGUGCAAGGACAGGGAUGGCAAAUGUGGCCUGCGACUGCAUGCAGUCAGUGGGGGAGUGUUUGUCUGCUGUGUGGCUGCUGGCAGCCCUGCUGCCCUCGCUGGCUUGAGGUUUGGAGACCAAGUACUGGAGAUCAACAAUGUUAUUGUAGCUGGGAUGUCUAUGGAACAGUGCCACUCUAUUUUAAAGAAAGCACCUGUAAAUGGUAUCAUCAUGGCAGUCCGUGACAGGCCUUUCGAGAGGACAGUGACUUUGCACAAGGAUUCUAUUGGUCGUGUUGGAUUUCAGUUUAAAGACGGAAAGAUCGUCUCUAUUGUUCAAGACUCCUCCGCUGCUCGGAAUGGCUUGCUGACUGACCAUCAUAUACUCGAGAUAAACACUAAGAAUGUGGUCGGGAUGAAAGAUAAAGAGAUAUCAAAGGUUAUAAAUGACAGCCCUGCAGUUGUCAACAUAACAAUUAUACCCCAGUACAUAUACGAGCACAUGAUAAGCAAGAUGUCAACUUCUCUCUUCAAGGAUUUCAAUCGCGACAUGGCGGUGUAAAGGCUGAG